ACGUGGAUGUAAAGUCUGUUUUACAUUAAUCGCAAGCAGCUAGUUGCGACUUGCGACAUCCAAUAGGCGCUUAGUUUCUAGUUAAAGCUCGACAUUUAUUGGGUGUUGCAAAUUACAACUGGCGACUGCAAUUAAUGUAGAACGGGCUUUACAUCCACGUUUGGCGCUGAUGCUAGUCAAAUAUUGGUCGCACGAAAAAAGCCGCGGUGGCCGCUCUCAGGUUCCUCUCUGCUUGGACACACUUUCAGUGCUGGCAUUCCUCCUUCAUGUAUAUAUACUCAAAGGUGUUUCCUUAGAUGUUUUCUGAACAUAACCUAUAUUUUUCGCGAAUAGAUUUGGCUACGUGUCAUAUAUCUGCAUAAGAUCAGACACAAUAAACCUCCAAAAAAAAAAAAAAAGAAUAGAUUUGGCGGAUAGCGUCUGGAGCUGGUUAAAAAAAGAAGAAUUAAGCACACUCAAAGUAAUAUAUCAGUUCAUAAAGUCUACUGGAAGAAUCAUAUAGAGAAGGGCGGGAGCCAUCCCGCAUAGAUAAGAAGCAUACGUGCCAUAUAUCUAUCUUAGAUCUGACACAUUAAAACCACAAAAAAAAAAGAAUAGAUUAGGAAGAUAAUCUUUACAGUUUUAUGUCACACAAUUUAUUACGAAAAACGAUAGUAAUUACUUGAUGCAAAGACUUUCAACGAUGUUCGCAUAAAAUGUUAUCUUGCGAAUAUAUAUGAGCAGUAUGAAUAUGUUUCUGACACAUGAGAAACUUUGGAAUUUCUUAACACAGUGCCAUUAUAUUAUUGUUUCUGUACAAUUUGUAAAUUUUUAUUAUUUGGUUAUAUUAUAUGAGUUAUAUGUUUUAUAAUUAACUAACAAUCGAGAGAAGGCGCUAUAAAAAUCUAACAUGAUUCUCUUCAUGCAAAUUUACUGCAGUGUGUAUUUAAUUUUGCUUUAUACAAAGUUAGAUCUCAUAUGAUUUUUGUUUGCAUUGCUUGUAAUCUCUUCUUUGUAUUUAAAAUGAGAUAAAUCUAUAUUUAAGCGUUUAAAGGUAUUUUACAACUCCAAAAGUAUGAAUUUUUAUCUUUUUCAAAUUUAAGAGUUUUAUUUUAAGUUAUUGAAAUUGAUAAAGUUGAUCAGUAUAAGAAACAAAAUGUAUAAACUGCACAUUGCAUCGUUAAAAUUAUAAUAAAGUGAUAUGAUUCAGUGAAAAUAAAAUUGUAAUCAACUAAACAAGGAACAUAAGUACACAAUAUAACAUUAUACACUAACCAAACUAGCUAUGGCAGCAAUUCGACACACCUUGCAAAGGGAGAUAUUCACCGUUAGUGAUGAAAAGUUGCUCAGUGUAUGCUAUGUUAGCAAAGCUUAUAAGAAGAAAAAGAUGAGUUUUCUGUGCUUAGCCACAACAACGGAUACACCAGGAUCUCUCAUAUUGUAUCAAGUUAAGAAGAAUGACAAAAAUGUUUUUAAAAAAAAACAAUCGUGGCCUCUGAGCGACAUACAAAUCAUAGAUGGUGUAAAAUAUGAUUCUAUGGAUAUAGAGAUGCAUAUUGACAAAGUUUACAAAUGGUCAGCCACUACCGUACAGGAAAGGCGAACGUUUAUUAGUAAUUUAUAUACUUAUUCAUGUAGUCUGACUCAGAGGCCAGAAUUCAAAAAUAUUCCCAAAGAAUGGCUGAUUGACCCAACUUCAUUAAAGGAAAGUGACAGUAUCACAUUUACAUCUGAUCUUCUGACAUCACCUAUUAGUUUGGAUUAUCAACCUAUUACUGAAAAGGAAGCUGCUGACUUGAAACAAAUGAUGGAAAAUUGUGAAUAUGCUGUUUCCAACGCUGAACUUUUUAUGGAAACUCUUUCAAAAGAUCUGUCUAUUCUUGAUGGGGAAAACAUACAUUCAGUCUUAGCAUCGGAGCAAAGAGUAACUCAACUGAUGAACAGUAUAGAUGCUGCAAUAAUCGAAGCUUCUAUCGUAGAAGCGCGAUUAGCAGCGUAUGAUGAGGCUUUAGGAAGAAUAAGAGAAGUUAUGGCUCGAGUUGGGCAAAAAAAUCAGGCUAUACAUACGGCAAAUAAUAAUGCCAGGCUUCUACUGGAUAAACUAAAUCUAGUCAUUUCCCACUUAGACAUUUCUGCAACACACCAGCGUACUUUGAACGAAGCUGAACUUCCGGGCGAAAGAGAAGAGCUUGGCUUUGCUGGUGCAGCGCUCUUAAAAGCUAUUACAGCACCUCUUCCACCAGGCCUGGACAAGCUGAGUGCUGUCACUGAACAGAAAAGACGAUUGGACAAACUUAAAGCGAAAUUUUCAGUCAUCGUCGCUAGACAUUUAAAUAAUCUUUUUAUACACUUGGGUAAUGACAUUGGAGAUACAUCGACUUCUAUGACAGAUCUAAUUUUACCAACUCAUCAAGGCAUUCAUCACGAGCUCGUAUCGUAUACCGAAUUGAUGCAAUUGUUAAGAGCAUUAGAUAAUAAAGCCUUUGUUCAAUUAACCAAAGUUUAUACUGAUACCAUGAGCAAAUUGUAUAAAAGAGAUCUGAAACGUUUUUUCGAAGAGGCUAAGAAUAAGCUUAUCAACAAACGUAAUCUGCAAGCAAAUACAUCAAGGUCUAGCAGUCAGAAAGGUGAGGAUCUGAUUAAUCCGGCGCCUAUCUGUUUGCUGAGUAACGAAGUAUGGACUUUGAUAGACGAAGGAAAUCUUCUAGACUCAGUCCUCGAUUGCGUACUUUCGCAAAUGCAGCCAGUAUGUCUCGCCGAACAAGGCUUCUGCGUCUCAUUUCUUCAAUUGGAUUCUGUUCUUUCACCCUCCAAAAGUAGUGAAAUAGAAGUAGAAAAUGUAAGUAACGGCGCGGCAAGUCCCGGAUCAGUAACUUCAACAACGAGUAAAAGACUGGAGCGUCAGGUGAAUGAAGACGUACGCGCAACUAUGGCCGCGAUAUUCCCGUCGUUGGAAAUUGAGUUAAACAAUUUUAUCGGUUUUCUGGACAAAAUCGAUAGCUUUUGGUGCAUGUAUGUAUUAGUUCGUUUAUCACAACACGUCAUGUCUGCUCAAGACACCGGCUCAUUUUUAUCGAUGACGUUCGCAUCUGCUUUGAUUCAUGUGAAACGAGCGUUUGACAAAUUCAUGCAAACACAGCUACAGUCCAUAUUAUGUGACACGAAAGUCAAUCGUCGGCACAAAUGUGGUAUAUUGCCGUACAUAGAAAAUUUUGGACCAUUUGCAAGAACUGCGGAAAAGAUUUUCCGAAAUUCCGAUAGAAAGGUCGAUCUCGAGAAAUGGUACACGAAGCUCGUAAGCACUAUGUUUGAAGCUAUUGUUAUUCAUAGCCGAGAACACCACAAGACGCCGCAGGAAGUUAUAAAAAUGGAAAAUUUUCAUCAUCUUUACGAUCUUCUCUCGCAAUUAAAAAUCUCCGUUUUGGAUCACGAACGGAAAGAAGCUAAGCAAAAAUAUCAGGACGCACUUCGCGCUUAUGUUACACAGUAUUUUGGACGACCCCUGGAAAAACUCAAUCUUUUCUUUGAGGGUGUACAAGCUAAAGUAGGGGCUGGUGUAAAAGAAUCCGAAGUUAGCUAUCAGAUGGCUUUUAGUAAACAGGAAUUGCGACGCGUAGUCAAAGAAUAUCCGGCGAGAGAAGUUAAGAAAGGCCUAGAGAAUUUGUAUCGAAAAGUUGAGAAGCACCUAUGCGAAGAAGAGAAUUUACUACAAGUUGUUUGGCGCGAGAUGCAAAAUGAAUUUAUCGCACAAUACAGGAACAUUGAAGAAUUAAUACAACGUUGUUAUCCUGACAGCAAUGUGACACUCGAAUUUACCAUACAAGACAUUUUAGAAUUUUUUUCGGAAAUAGCGCGAUCUCAUUAAAUUCAAAUGCAAUUUUCUUUUCUUUAUUACUCUAUUUAGUUAUUGAUAAUUAUAACAAAUUUACAUAGAGGAAUGUAAUUUUUUGUUUACACACACACACCCAUACAUUCAUACAUAUCUUACACGUACAUAUGUACAUACAUACGCUGCCCAAAAAUGAUUCGUUUUUAGGCACUCCUCACGGGAUAAGAAGUUUGUAGACUUCACUCGAUCAAUAAUUAGGUUGAUAGAUAUGUCCAAUCAGCCGUUGCUGGAUGAUUGCGCCAUAGCUACUUUUCACGUUUGGCUUACUCCAUGAAGAGUGCCUAGGAACGAAUCAUUGUCGGGCAGUGUACACACAUACAUACAUACAAUACAUACAAAUAUAUAUAUAUAUAUAUAUAUAUAUAUAUAUAGCGGAUGUUCCAUUUUAAUUUAGAUACUAAAAUAUCUCGAAAAUAAUGCAUUUUUGAAAAAAUAUUUCAAAUAAAAGUUGUAUGGUUCAAAAAAGGGAGAGGAAGCGUCAGAUGAACUAAAUACUUAUACUUUGUCCGGCGCCCACUUUAGGCUUAAUAAAACCUAAGUUGAUUUUUUCGAUGGAAACUUUUAUUGUGGAUUUGUAUUUUAAGAAAAAAUUUUGUUCUUGGUAAUUUUUCGCUAAAUCUCCUUUAACAGAUGUAAAAUAAUGCUUAAAGUUCUUAUUUUAAAAGAUUUUAGCUAAUAAAAGUAAGACCAGCUGAAGAAUCGCGCACUGGUUAAAGUUUCAAACUAAUAACUUUGAACGUGAUUUUGUACCUAUUGCAGGAGGUUUAGCGAAAACCUAAAACAAAUUUUUAUUUUUUCCAUAAAAUACAAAUUUACAAUAAAAAGAUAGAAGUUUCCAUCUUUUCAGAUCUCUUCAAACCUUACCAAAUUUUCAUUUAAACAUUUUUUUCAAAAAUAUAUUGUGUUUGGUGUCCAAAUUAAAACACACAUACACACACACUGUCUGUGUGUGUGUGUGUGUGUGUGUGUGUGUGUGUGUGUGUGUGUGUGUGUGUGUGUGUGUGUGUGUGUGUGUGUGUGUGUGUGUGCGCGCGCGUGCGUGCGCGCGCGCGCGCGUGCGCGCGUAUAUGCGUGAAAACAUUGCAAUCUUUAUCAUAAAAAAUUGUAUAGCACUUAAAUAAUAAUAAAGAUUUAUUUUAAUAUUGUAGAAUAAUAAUCAAAUAAAGAUUAAUUUAUAUUGGUUGCAAUAUUAUUUAUAUUUAAAAAUACACCUUUAAAAUUUUAUACGAGAAUGUAUCAUUUUUUAGUACAACAUACAUUUUUGUAGGAUUAAUUUUUUAAAAUAAACAUAUUCAUAAAUAUGAACUAUUUAUUGAGGAGAGUACAAGUUAUUGUUACAUUUACACUUACACAAUAAAGUAAACUUGCACAUAACAUUCUCCAUAGCUAUGUAGCCAAAUUGCUUUUGUAUUUGUUAUCUAAUAUUCUGCAGAUUUAUUUGUUUUCAGCAGGUUCCUCAGGUGGACCAAAGUUAAAGAAAAUAACGCCUGACACUUUUAUCUGAAAAUAAAGUGCAGUUAUGUAAAACAGUAAAUAAAGUAAACUUAUAUAUGUAAAUAUAUUAUGUGCAUAAUCCAUCUGCAACAUACAACAAAUAUUAAAAAUGAAAAGCUCGAAAAUAUAAUAAAGUUAAUUAUAACAUAAAAAUAUAAAUUCCAGUGAUAAGAAAAGCGCUUGCUCAAUUAUUAUUUUUUUGUUAAAUAAGAUUAUCUUUAGUAAAGAAUAUUUUCUUAAUCUAUCGGAGACUGGAAGCUUAAUAGGCUUAUAAUUAGAUUUAUCGGAAACACGAUUUGUUUAGCUAAAAUUACCUUUUUCAUUGUAAUAUCGUCGUUUCCGAAUCAAAGGGCUUGGAAACCGAUUGAAAAGGGCAUUAACUCGGAAGCGGAUUGGAAAAGGCAUUAAUUGGAAAACCGGUUGAAAAAGGCGUUAACUCGCGCGCUAAAAUUUUUCGCGUCAGUUUAAGUUGGCAGCACUGCCAAAAUAAUUUUGGUGUUGAUUUAAAAUUUAAAAUAUAAACAUAUUAAAAUAAAAAAAUCAAUAUGCACAUAUAGAUAGAGCAACAAAAUUAUUUCGGCAGUGCUGCCAACUUAAACUGACGCGAAAAAUUUGAGCGUGCGAGUUAAUGCCAUUUUCAAUCGAUUUCCUGUUUAACGCCUUUUUCAACCAGCUUCCGAAUUAACGCUCUUUUCAAUCGAUUACUUUGUAUAAUGAUAUUUUACUGCUUCAUCAUACCUUAUAAAGUGCAAUAUAAUUAUGUUUUUAUAUAUAUUUUUCAACACAUUUUUAUUGCAAAUGACGUUAAACAAUCAUUUUAACAAUAAAUAAUUAUAUAAAGUUCAAAUAUAGCAAAAAAAAAUUUUUUUCCGGCUAAUAUUAGGCGCUAGAGCGAUGUCAUCUUUUUCAUAGUUUAACCCACUGACAAAGACAAAAAAUAUUAUAGCAUUAAAACUAAAAAAAAAA